CUUCGGGACUCAUAAGGUCACCUGCUUUUAAUUAUUGGCAGUACUUUCAGGAUAUCCAGCUUAUCGGCGACAUUGUCUUCAAGUUGCCAUUUGCCCUCAGUGAACGCUGGCUUUACGGACGGACACUACGCGAAACAUAUAUACGAUGAGCAAACCAUUGAAAGCUACCGUAAACUGUGAUAUGGGGGAGGGCUUCUCGCUGUACACUAUGGGAGACGACGAAGGUCUUAUGAAGACAAUCCAUUUGGCAAAUGUCGCCUGUGGAUUUCAUGCUUCCGACUUCUCAGUCAUGAACAAGACAGUUGCACUCGCUAAGUCCAACAACGUCCUCGUUGGGGCCCACCCUUCCUUGCCUGAUUUACAAGGUUUUGGGCGUCGCGAGAUGGCAAUUGAGCCGGACGAGUUAGAGUCCUGCUUCAUCUAUCAGGUAGGUGCAUUGGACGGGUUUUUGAAACGCUACGGCCUUCCAAUGAAUCACAUAAAACCCCACGGCUCUGUCUAUGGUCAGACAGCACGCUCUAUCGACCUUGCACGGGCAGUCGUUGGUGUCACAAAAAUCUUCAAAUCUAGCGCGGCCAGUCCUCAAGGUGUAGCAUUUAUGGGGCUUGCUGGAACAGCUCAUCAACAAGCUGCAGAAGAACUGGGCGUGCCGUUCAUUGCAGAGUGGUUUGCUGACCUUGAUUACAAUGAUGAGGGGAAAUUGUUGAUAACGAAGAAGCAUGAUCCAGUACCCAUUGAAGUCGUGCGCCAACGAGUAACAAAUCUUCUGAGGUUCCAUAAAGUUUCUACGGUCGGAGGCAAGUUGCUCGACAUCGGAGCAAAUGUCGCCGAGGUCUCCAUAUGCUGCCAUUCUGAUACUCCAGGUGCGGUGGAAAUCGCUCGAGCAGUGAAAGCUUUGGUAGACGAAAGCAACAGAGAAGCCGGUUAUGUGUGAACGGAGGAAUCUAGUGAACGAGUGCGAGGGGUUCCAGUCACUGAAGACUAUCAUGUAGUGCAGGUUGUAAGCUUUCGAAGAUGAAUCAAACCCCAACAGUAUCAUUCCAAAUAGUUUGUUCUGAUCGAGCGAGCCGGAGUAGCGCAAACGGGAGCUGGAUGUAACCACCAGUAUCGUCAGGUCUAAGCGGAUUUUCAUUCGCAUCUUCGUCCUGGAGCAGAACAGCAGGAAAUUAGCCUUGGACAUCGCGGCAGAACUGCACGCGCUCAGAUAGGCUUAGAUAUCCUUGGUAACUCUGCGAAGUAAUCGCGGGAAAAACGUUUCCCAGUUGCCUUCCAUCUUGAAGGAGGUCUACAAAUUUUC